CGCGCCCGCCCCCGCCCGCACCACUGAGCCCCGGAAGCGGCGGGAUUUCCUGUGCCCGCCCCGCCCCGGCCCUGUCGCCUGUCGCUUGCUGUGCGGGCCGCGGGCUCCGCCGCGCCGGGCGGGAGGCAGAGCCAAGGGGCCGAGCCGGGAUGAGUAUAUCAGUUAUUGACUUGUCCCAGGUCACACUGUGCGCUUGCUGCAGACAUGCUUUCGGAACAGACUGUAGCCCUGGGCACAGGAUGGGAGCCAAUGAACGUACAGCUGGAUGCCUCGGAGCCAAUGAACGUACAGCUGGAUGCCGCGGAACCCCAGUCAGAAAGAGGAACCUGGGAAGAGGGCCCGGGAAGAACAGUACCAAGACCGCUGGAGCACCUUCACUGUGGUCUUGAAGACGAGCCACUGUCCCUUCAGGAGAAGGCUCCUUCUGCUCCCUGGGUUCCUGCUGUUCCCCAGGAGGGAGACACUGGAGACUGGGAAAUGGCAGCCGCACUUCUUGCAGCCGGAUCCCAGGGCCUAGUAACUAUCAAGGAUGUGUCCUUGUGCUUCUCUCAGGAGGAGUGGCGGAGCCUGGACCCCUCUCAGACAGACUUUUACGGAGAAUAUGUCAUGCAGGAAAACUGUGGGAUCGUCGUCUCUCUGAGGUUUCCGAUCCCCAAACUGGACAUGCUUUCUCAGCUAGAGGGAGGAGAAGAACAGUGGGCCUCUGACCCCCAGGACGUAGAAGGGAGGGACAUCCAGAAGGUCACAUAUACAGGAGACGGAGGUGAACCCCAGGGUGAUCCACCUGAGCUGGAGGUGGAACCUCCCAGAACAUUAUCCAGUGUGUCUGAAGACACUGCUCUCUGGAACCCACGGCAGGGUCCAGGCUGGGAGUGCACGCCCAGGAGCUCCACAGGAAUGCUCCUAAGCCCACGUUUUCCUCAGGAGGACAGUUUCUCUCAGCUUCUGCGUAGCACAGACACAGAUUCUCUCUUAAAACCACAUACGUGCCCUCAGUGUGGAAAACAGUUUGUGUGGGGCUCCCACCUUGCCCGACAUCAGCAAACACACACUGGAGAGAGGCCCUACAGCUGCCUCAAGUGUGAGAAGAGCUUUGGGCGAAGGCAUCACCUGAUCAGGCACCAGAAAACCCAUCUGCAUGACAAGCCAAGCAGGUGUUCUGAGUGUGGCAAGAGUUUCCGAUGCAGCUCGCACCUGGCCAGCCACCAGAGAGUGCAUGUGGACAGCAAGUCCUGCAAGAGCCAAGAGAUUGGAGGGAGUCCUGGGGCUCAGCGUGCCUUGCCAGUGCAAAAGUGCCACGUGUGCACUGAAUGUGGGAAGAGCUUUGGCCGAAGGCACCACCUCGUGAGACACUGGCUGACCCACACUGGGGAGAAACCCUUCCAUUGCCCUCGCUGUGAGAAGAGCUUUGGCCGCAAACACCACCUGGACAGGCACCUGCUGACCCACCAGGGACAGAGUCCUGGGAGCAGCUGGGACAGAGGGACAUCUGCCUUUUGAAAUCUGUCUCUUCUAUAGCUAUGGUCAUAUCUGUCAGCCGGUGCUCCAGCAGCCACCGCCAGAGCUGCCUCUCUCCUGGAUCCUGUAGGCCGGAGCAUUUCACACGACUCCCGUGAGACAACAUGCGAAAACAGUUCUCUGGGCAAAAUUGUGUGGAAACAGUUGCAAAGUAUGUGUGUGGCUACUCAUUCUGAACCUACCCUCAAGGAUCCAUCAGUGAUGGUUGAGGUCCAUUCUCAUUGGUUGGCAUCAAUGCGGUCCUGGUUCCUAAAUAGUUACACUACAGAGAAAGAAAGUGAAAGGGGCUCUUAGUGUACCAAGGGCCCUGAGAACUUCCACAGUUGAUUUCUAUUCGUGUAACGCUUCCUAGAUUUGUUUGGCGCCAGGAUCUAUUUCAAAUCCCACAGAAGGGGUGACUCCAUGAAGUACUGGGCUAAGGUGAAAGGAAGAGACAGGAAAGUGAUGGUGGCCAGGCAUUCAGAGUCUGAGAGCAAGGGGCCAGACACUCUCGUGUGGGUCUGCCUCUUCUCUCCUCCUCUUCCCCUCUCCCCCCUAAUUACACACCUCUCACUCCUCCCUCUGAAAAGUAUAGAGUGAGCUUUCACUCCCAAUUUAUAUUCCCCUCAUUCUGUAAACACACACGCACACAUACACACAUACACAUGCAUACAUGCGCACACAUG